CUUUACUCUCGCUAGGUGGCCUGUUUCCUCGAUUUCUUUUUUUUUUUUUACUAGUUGACGACGACGAUUAAAUGAUAACAUUGUCGAUGCGUUCAUACAAUUUAAAGAUUUCAAUGACCGCUGGUCCUUCCAAAACAGCUACAUUCCACACCUGGUGUUACAGGUACACAUUUUUAAUACAAAUAUGAGUCUCGAUGAAGAAAAGAAUGUAAAUACUACAGCAAGGUUCGAAGAAAUACCAGAAGAAACUAAUUAUGAAAUUAGUCAGAAUGCUUUGAGGAACAGGCCCUUCGCAUGUCUUAUUUGUAACAAGAGAUUUACCCAAAAGGCCCAUCUUAUCAUUCACAAGCGCAUUCAUACUGGUGAGAAGCCUUAUUCUUGCCACAUCUGCCAUCGGAAAUUCGCCCAGUCAUCUCACCUGACUGUUCAUAAAAGGGUCCACACUGGUGAAAAGCCAUUUUUCUGUAAUUUUUGUGGCAUGGGCUUCUGCCGCAGACCUCGCCUAGAGGCACACAUUCUUCAGCAUGUCGUCAAAGAAGGGCGACAGAUACCAUCAACCCUAAAAGGCAACAUGUUAAAAAACCUGUCAAUGGUGGGCCUUGACAAUGUAGACACUCCAUCCAGUAUGUCUCUUAAUGUCUCUAAUCAGUUUGGAGAUCUAAAAGAAAGUCUCAGCCUGGAGAUCAAAACAGAGCCGCCCGAUGAUAUCAAAAGCUCUGCACAUGUUUUAGAUGAAAUCUGUGAGAUGACCAGUGAAUGUGACCCAGUUAGAAAACGAAGAAAACCUGAAUUCGUUAGAAAACUCAGGAGCAAUGAAAAAUUAGACAUUCUAAUAAAUGGUGAUGAUGAAGAUAAAAUUAAAGAUGAAGUUCAUUUGACUAAUGGUAAAAAUUUGUUACGUCUUUCUUCUGAGGAUAUUGAGAAAAUUACACACAGUUUAACAGAUCUAACUGAACUUAACAAACACUUCCAGCAGACAUCUUCAAAGACUGUUUCUUCUGUCAACAAUAUCUUAUCCCCUAAUAGUCGACUACACCACAACCCAACGAUUGUUAGCUCUGGCCUGGCCCGCACAAAUAGUCGCAUCUCUUUGGUUGACUUUACUGCCGACGACAUACUGCAGCACCUCAUGACUCGAGACGAUGUUCGAUCCUGCAGUUUUUGUUGCAUUGUCUUUCAUGAUCCAGCAAUGUACUAUCUUCAUCGCAGCAUGCAUGACAAGAUGGACGUUCGGUGCUGUAACUUAUGUGGCAAGCUUCUUGUUGACAAAUAUGACUUCACUGCCCAUUUUUUAAAUCAGCACAAGUGAUUUGUUUUUAAAUCUUCUUUUUAGAUCUUCUUUAAUAAUUUUUUUUAGAUAUGUUGCAUUUGUAUAUCAUGCUGUUUUCAAUUAGCAAAAUUUUAUUUCAGCUUUCAAUUUCAAUCUAGGUCUAAAUUUUCUAUUUUCCAUCUUUUUUUUUCCACAAGAAAUAUACUUUUUGAAAAAAGUAACUCUUUACAAUCAAUUUUAAUGAAAAGAUUUUAAUAUUUCAUUGAAUGUGUUUAUCUUUACAGGCAUGUCUUUAGAUUUUAGAUGAAGUAUUACGAGUAGAUUUCUCCUUUAACACAGACAUUUUUACUUUUUAAAAUCUAUUUUCUAGGAGUUUUAAGACUGAAACUGUUUAAGUUUGUUUAGAUUACAUUCUUUGAUCUAGGGUGUUUUUAUGACAGUCUUUGAUUAAUGCAUUGGAAACACGUUUUUCUUUUCUGUACACUUUGAUUUCACACUCUCGCUGCCCAAAGGAAGGCACUUUUGGAAGUCCAGACUGUCACAUUGAUUCUGAGAGGUUAUAUUGCAACUUUAUAUUUUAUAUUUAUUACUAUCUGUUAUAUAUUCUGUAAAUAUAUAUGUAGGCCUAUACACUUUUUAAAUUUUGUUCCCACUGCUUUAUAUGUUGCAAACUUAACUGAUGCAAUUUAUUUACAUUUCAAGAGUCUGUAAAGCAUGUUAUUUGAAGUGCUUUACUGUUUAUCCUUUAUUAAGUGUGUUCAUUGACCAAUAUUUUUUCUUUUAAGUUUCCACAUUGAUUCAGCAUUACCUUUCAUGAAAUAGAUGGCUUUCUGGUCACAUAUGCUUUGAAGUGUCAUCACCAAGGUCCCUAGUUGGAAACCUGCUGUCAUGUCCUGCAUGGGGUUUGGGUUAGGAUGAAGUUUUCUUUAUUCCUGAAGAAAUAGGCUAAUACUUGUCAAUCAAAGUAUGAAGUCUCAUUUUUUUUUAACCCUAAUAGACUGCACAGACUCUUUAUUUUUUAAGAACUUAACAUGUACUGUCAACAUUGCUUUUACCUAAUGCGGCUCUUCCAUUGUUUAAACUUGCUUUGCAUCAUAAUGGUUAUUUAGGAGAAAGCUACUUUCUUUACAGAAAGACCAUGGUUAAAGUAAAAUUCAUUUGUUUUAGCCACCAAUAGUAAAUUGUAAGACAUGAUGCUUUAUUUUCUUUAACAAACAAUCAAGUAUGUUUACUAGAGCUGAGUGGACUCAAGCUGUGAAUUAAAGUACCAACUGCAGCUGUGAUUCAAACUUGCUCCAAGCUACUUCUACUUGAUGGUUUCAGUGAUCAUUUUUUUUGUUAGUCAAAAAAAAUUAGGAGCUAACUAUUGUACUGAUAUUUUUUUUCUUGAUUUUUAUAAAACUUUGCCGGUAAGGAUAGUCCAUAAUACAAAAUUGUAGCUAUAACUCUGUGAAAUUCUAACUCUAAGAACAGAGCGCUUGAGUUUUUAAUUAUCAUAUCAACAUUUUUCUUUAGCCAUUAGGUGUCCACAAUUUUUUUGUUUUUCAAAAGUAACUCCAGUACUAGCUUGCUUCAAGACAUUGUCUUAAUAUUGAAGACUAGUGCAGGAUUUCAAGUACCCACACAAACCCAGUUAAGACCUGCUUAUUUUUAAACAUUUUUGUUGUAUGCCAGGGAUCUGUUUAAGUUAGCUUUAUUGUUAUUAUUAUAUUAUUGAUAUUGAUGAAAAUGAGGAUAAAAGGUAGACAUUUUUUUUGUCUAGUCACCAUAGCAGCUUUAAACUGUAGGCAAUAAAAAGUGUUAAGUGUUAAUGUUACACCAACAACAAACUAUUUGUUUUGUAGUGUAGCAAUACUGUACUGUUUAUUGUUUUUAUGUUAACCUAGGUACUACACUACUGUUCCUAUCUGCUCCUUUUCUUUUUUUUUUACAUUAUUAAAACAAAAACAACAAUCCUUUGGAUUGGUAUAUA